GCUGAGCUGCUGCAGGGGGAGGCGCCGCUAUUUCAGACGGGCAGAAGGAGUCAGAGGAUCGCUGCUGAUCGGGUCUGGAGAGAGAGCGAGCUUGCAGCAGAGUGGCUUGAUUUACACUGUGAGAGGUGCAUCAUGUCUGACAGAAAGGCUGUAAUCAAGAAUGCCGAUAUGUCCGAGGAUAUGCAGCAGGAUGCUGUGGACUGUGCCACACAGGCUAUGGAGAAAUAUAAUAUUGAGAAAGACAUUGCAGCCUAUAUCAAGAAGGAAUUUGACAAGAAAUACAACCCAACUUGGCACUGCAUUGUUGGCAGAAACUUUGGCAGCUAUGUAACGCAUGAGACAAAGCACUUCAUCUACUUUUAUUUGGGCCAGGUUGCAAUUCUCCUCUUUAAGUCUGGCUAGUAACAAGGAAUGAAAAUCAUGGACUGUAAUGCACUGAUGGCUGGAGCCAGGAUCCCCUGUAACAUGGCUGUGCAGCUGCAUGGACUGUAUACUAUAUUUAAUGUGUAUAUGUUGCAGUAAAAUGACUUUUGUUUAGUUGCCUGGAGAGAAGGUGGCUUUAUUUUGUUUCUUUCCCCAUUUUUGUUGUAUUGCACUUGGGGAAACUGUAAAUGCUUUUCAAUGGCCUUUAAACGGGUAGAAAAUAAACUGUUCUACAUCAAACACCAUACCAGUGAUGCAUAUAUCUUUUCUUUUUUACUCUAUGAAAAUAAAACAUUAUUGCAUUA